CCCUUCUCGACCUAGGUUUGACAUAACACGCUGCGAGAUUGUGACGAACGCGUACUCCCUUUGCUUAAUCUGUCUAGAUAACUAUACGCCACUUGGUCGUCUGUCGACAUAUCGGAGCCUCGUGUAGUCCGGCGUACCUGUGAAGUCAUACGCAGCUCCGCCAGCCGGUGUGGACAACAAGCGGUCCCUACGUCCUCCUAUCGCAUCUCUGGACCUCCGCUCAUCAUACCCAAUGGCGCCACAAGUCGACCUCGUCCUAAUAUUCCGCUCGUCUCCCGGGAAGGUGCUCUCUAAGCCGCAAGCGCGCGAGAACGCACGACAGGCUACCCAGCAAUACACGCGCCUCCUCGAGGUGCUGAAGAACGGGAGGCUGCAUGUUGUGGGGAAGCGUGGCGAGAAGGAGGGGCAGUUGCUGGUACUCGUCCAGUGCCCACAGAGCACGCUCACCCGUCUUGUGCAGCGAGAACGAUACUCUGACUUCCUCUGCGGCUUGCCAACGACAAAUCCUACGGGCACCAGAGAUCUAGCCGAAGAACCGCUCACCCCGGCGGACCGACUUCGUCUGGUGCAUACAUAUGUCACCUCUACUCCGACCGACGGCGGGCUCGGCGUGGUUCCUGGCUCUUCCAACUGGGAUCGCGUCGAGUCUGUGUUGGUGCUGCACGACCAUACUUUUAACGAGUCCUGGAUCCGAGCGUGGACGACUCGUCAGCUCGGGUUCGUCAAAUUUCACAAGAUUCGCGAGCAGUUUGGGGAAGCUGUGGCGUUGUACUUCCAUUUCCUCUCUUUCUACACCAAGCACCUCCUGUUCAUCUCCGGCGUCGGCGUUCUCUGCUACUUCUUGUCAAUGCCCUAUUCGACUUGGUACUCCUCCAUCCUGCUCCUCUGGUCGAUCACCUUCGUAGAAUGGUGGCGAAUCAAGCAAAGGAUUUUGUCUGUGCGAUGGGGCACAAAGGGCUCGUUCCGUGUGGAGAAGCGGCGCGCCCAAUAUGUCCAUGUGUCAUGGUGGCGGAAAGACCUGAGGAUGCUCGCAAGCCUGCCUGUAAUCCUGCUAUUCGCUUCGGUGCUUGCCGUAACCCUCACCGGCAUCUUCAUCUUCGAGGCCUUUGUAACUCAGCUCUACACGGGACCAGGGCACAGAUUCAUCGGCUUCAGUCCUACUGUCCUCUUUGUUGCGCUCGUACCUAGGCUUCUUGCCGUCUACCACUCGUAUGCUGUGCGCCUCACCAACUGGGAGAAUCACGGCCAUCAGUCGACUCACGAUGGGUCGCUAACGGUGAAGACGUUCAGCCUGUCGGCCAUUGUGGCCUACCUUGGCAUUGCGCUGUCUGCUUUCGUCUAUGUGCCUUUCGGGGAGGAGGUGAUGGCCUCUGUCCAGUACUACCUCUUCCACGGCGAUACGCCCCUUCGCACAACCGCCAAGACAUGGCUCUCAUCCGUCUUCACCGCCUUGCCUGCAAACAUCACAGGCUCAUUCAACGCGACGUCGGAUGCGAAGGGCGCCGCCGGAAACUCUACCCGCACGUUCUGGGAGCGAGACAGCGGCAGCGCUCGAGGCAAGCUCAGCUCCACGCGUCUUCAGGACCAGAUGUUCGCGUUCACCGUGACGAACCAGGUCAUCAACACGUUCCUCGAGAUUGGCCUACCGUUCGUCUUGCGCGCGGUGGCGUCAGUGCGGAGCGGCCGAGGGCUUUCGCUUGCAGCACCUGCGGCCGGUGCAAACGGAGGUAACGGCAACGGCAAGAAGAAGCGUGUGAUGUUCGAGGACCAGACCGCAGAGGCAGACGGGGAGCGUCUGGCCGAGUUGGAGGAAGAGCGGGAGUUCUUGGACCGGAUCAACAGGGAGGUUGCCCUUCCAGACUACGACCUGUUCGCCGACUACAGUGAAAUGGUCACGCAGUUCGGCUACGUUGCCUUGUGGUCCACGAUCUGGCCACUCGCGCCUGUCAUGUCACUCGUAAACAAUUGGCUUGAGCUGCGGUCAGACGCGUUCAAGAUCACCGUGCACGUCCGGCGACCAAUUCCUACGCGCACCGAUACCAUUGGCCCGUGGCUCGACACCCUUACGUUCCUGACGUGGCUCGGAGCGCUCACGAACUCUGCGCUCGUCUACCUUUUCCGGCCGCGCGACCACUGCAAGCCGGUCGGCACGUCGCUGUCCCACGCGCACCACCACCUCAGCAGCCCGCGCGCGCCCGCGCAAGAAUAUCUGAUGUCGGCGCUGCUCGUUGCCCUCGGAGCGUCGCAUGGGUACAUUCUCCUGCGCAUGGUCGUGCGCCACACGCUCGAGCGUGUGCUGUGGCGCGGAAGCACCGAGGAACUGGAGGCGGAACGGACGGAGACUGUCGUGAAGGAGCAAUAUCUUCGGAGCCUCGGAGUCGCGGACGUCGUUAAUGCGGAGGAUAGCGGCGCGGUCGCGGCCACAGACGGCGGUCAGGAGGGCAAAUUAUCGGCAUUCUGGAGUCAAGACGAGGGAUUGGAUGAGCUGACGCGCGGGACGAAGGAAGCGUAGGUACGCGGUGGGCCGCCCUGUUUUGACGUGUGCGAGUGGAGAAAGGCGGCCGUGGGACCUGGCGAGUAAGGGGGUACAUGGGGUGGACGCUUUUCCGUGAGGAACAGGUGCUAUUUACGUGAGGGGUGAUGUGUGUGGUCGGGUCGUGAUUUGCUGGAGUAUUACCAACCAUGAUAUGUACUAGCUAGUAGCUACUGUAGGCCUACCUUGCCCAGAGUACUUCGACGUGUUGCACGACGAGCAGCGGAGGAGCGACCGUCGGGGACUUGGGCUGCAGUGAUGACCAGUAAAUGACCAGAAAUGACGUCGG